GGCUACCUGAUUGGGCAUCGUCGCUUGGCGGCAAAGGCACAAUUCUCUGGCGGGAGUCACUGCACAAAUUUCCAUUCCAGACCCCACUUCGCAUCUUCAACCUCAUCUCUUUUUUCCUACAAAACCAGCCAUCUUCUUUCUCCCAAACGCAAAUUUUUACAAUGGGUUUCGUCGAUGUCCUCACCGAUGCUGGUCUCACCGGUAAGCGCUUUUUCUCUGCUUCUUCUCGCCCCUCUGCGCGCCUCUUGCCAUCAACAAGAAGCUGCUUUACCCCUCCAAACAACCCAUUCCAACCUCCUCCAGUCCACAUUGCGACCACUGGCGCUGAGCAAAACUAACUGAUUGCAGUGCUUAACAGCUGGUUGACUACCCGCUCAUAUGUCGUUGGGUAUGUUCAGGUUUUCCUUCCUCGAUUUCUCCGUCUGUCGUUGUCCUUAUCCUGCGUGAAAGCGCUGCUGCUUUCAACGCACAGAGCUCCCUCCCUCGAAACCUCCUACUUUGAUGAUGAGCAAAAUUGGUCCGUGUUACUGAGGGGCCUCAAGAACCCUGUUAUGGCGAUACACCAUUGCAUGCAAAUGCACCUCUGAAUUUGAUUUCCGCUUCCUCUAAAUGUUUUCUCGAGUUUGGUCGCAGGAAUGGGAUGCUAAUUAGCUGCAUCUAGAUACUCUCCAUCCCAGGCAGAUGUCGCGACCUUCAAAGCCUUAACAUCCGCAUCAGAUGCCGCAAAAUACCCCCACGCUGCAAGAUGGUACAAGCACAUUGCUUCAUACACUGAUGAGUUUGCCACUCUCCCUGGUGACGCAUCAAAAGAGUACACAACCUACGGCCCAGAGGUCACAGAAGCCACUUUGAACCCAGCCAAGGCCCCUGCUGCAGAGGAGGAGGACGAUGAUGUCGACCUCUUCGGUAGUGACGAUGAGGAGGAGGAUGCCGAGGCUGAGCGUAUCAGAAAUGAGCGUUUAGCUGAGUACAAGAAGAAGAAGGAGGGCAAGGUCAAGCCAGCUGCUAAGUCUGUUGUCACCUUGGACGUUAAGCCAUGGGGUAACUCAUAUUGCAUCGAGAAUCUGUGAGUCUUUACUAAUUCAAGAUAGAUGAUGAGACCGACAUGAAGGCAUUAGAGGCAUCUGUCCGAGGUAUCGAGAAGGAUGGUCUCUUGUGGGGAGCUUCCGUCUUGGUGGCCGUUGGUUUCGGUAUCAAGAAACUUCAAAUCAACUUGGUUAUCGAGGACGACAAAGUCAGUCUUGAUGAUUUGCAAGAUCAGAUUGCCGAGUUCGAGGAUUACGUCCAAUCGAGCGAUGUCGUAAGUUUUCCCAUUCUACUGUGUAUCAUGUUUGUAUCUAAUAUAUUUUCAGGUUGCUAUGCAGAAACUAUAAACUACUUUUUUUCGCCAUAUUUUCUGGUCAAUCACAUUUGCGGCAUGUCGAUUUGACUAUAGGGUCUUGCUGGAUGUUUAGCCUGGCUCUCCGGGGGGAAUGAUGACCGGCCUCAUGAAUUGAUGAAUAUGAUGCCUAGCGUAGCAGUAAAAAACCAGAAUACCAAAGAUGUUUACGUGCCAUAACAUAGUGAUUGUGCCUUGAUUUUGUAAAUCGCGUAAUUUGAAAACGUGAUGGUGUUGAUUUUGUGCCUGUUUGAGUAGUUGUGCUGAUUGAUUUUCCAUGGCUUACUAACACUAACCGAUUGCAAGGUUCUUCUCUGACGACGAACCUGGCGGCAGCUUCACGGAACAGCUCUCGUGGAGCUACAAUCUACGCUUCUACACAAGACCCUCUGCAAGACCGUCCCAAAACAACACAAUGACUUGGCUAUCCAAAACCAUCACAGGACUCGGCGUCCUCUUCCUUUCGCACGCGUAAGUUCCAACCCGAUCCCCAUCACGCUCUCUCUCUCUCUGUGUCUUCUUACUAACAAGCCACAGUUGCUACUCCGCCCACGAACACUCCGCACUCCUCUCCACUUCCUCCAUCUCUCCCACCACACACACCUCCCCUCCCGUCGUCGCGACCCUCCCCAUCGACAUCUCGAUCGAAACGAUCGUCGCGGUCUUNUCUCUGUGUCUUCUUACUAACAAGCCACAGUUGCUACUCCGCCCACGAACACUCCGCACUCCUCUCCACUUCCUCCAUCUCUCCCACCACACACACCUCCCCUCCCGUCGUCGCGACCCUCCCCAUCGACAUCUCGAUCGAAACGAUCGUCGCGGUCUUCAUCAUCUGUCUCGGCCUCGUGCUGGGCACCCCCGAACUGAGGCCCAUUCAAUGGCGUGUGUGGGCGGGCAAGAUUGAGCGGGAGGGCGAGAAGGGGUUCCUGGAUGGGGAUGGGGUUGUGGAGAGGGAUUUUACGGGAAAUCCUUUUAAGGUCCUGGAAAGUAGACCGGGGUUUGUGGAUGUGAGGAGGCAGAGGAGGGAGUUUGCGGGGUGGGUGAGGGAGGGGAAGGGGAAGGGUAGUUAG